AUGGCUAUGUUUGGUGAACCUGACUUCUCUGACCACACGGUAUGUGGUGUCGUCCUCAAGCCAUCUUCAGUUAGAGACAGAAGACCUUUCCGGUUAUAUAACUACAUACUCCACAACGAACUAUUCCUGGAGUUUCUUAUGGAACAAUGGUACUCUAUUCAUGUCUCAAGCUCUGCAUUGUUCAUCAUCUCACAGAAACUAAAAAGGAUCAAGAACGGAGUUAGAUCAUUUUGCAGAGAAAACUACUUAAACUUGGAAAAGAGAGUUGAGGAAGCUCACACUCGGCUUCUAUCAGUGCAAAAUAACCUCCUCCUCUCGCCAUCUGAAGCUAAUGCCACCGCUGAAUCCCUGGCCCAUGAUGCUUGGUUGAUACUCUCAAAAGCGGAAGAGCGCUACUUAUUUCAGAGAUCUCAUAUAAACUGGAUUCAGCAUGGGAACUGCAACUCAGCUUAUUAUCACAGGCUGAUAACAACACGAAGGUCAUUUAAUUACAUCCACUAUCUCCUAAAUAAUCAAGACUCAAGAGUAGAAGGCCAGAUCGAGAUUCAGAAACUCUGCAUUGACUACUUUGAAGAUUUGUUGGGCUCUAAGCAAAGCGCCCCUCUCUUUGACCCACAAGACCUCUCCAUCCUAAUGACAUUUAGAUGCUCGCAAACUCAGAGAACAGAUCUUACUAAGGGUUUCUCAAGGCAUGAAAUAAGAGAUGCUUUCUUUGAGUUACUGGCAAACAAAACUAGUGGACCAGAUGACUACACGGCAGAGUUCUUUACGAGGGCUUGGAAUAUUAUGGGAACAGAGGCCAUGGAUGCAAUCCAAGAGUUCAUUAAAUCUGGAAACCUGCUCAAAUUGUUAACCAAGAGACUGCAGGAGAUCCUCUUUCACGUCAUCUCUCCCUCUCAAUCAGCUUUCAUCAAAGGGAGACUGCUCGCUGAAAACGUUCUCUUAGCAACAGAACUGGUUCAUGGCUACAAUAGACGUAAUAUUGACAAGAGGGGCAUGCUUAAAGUGGAUCUGAGAAAAGCGUUCGACUCGAUUCGAUGGGACUUCAUCCUAGCAGCACUUAAAGCAAUCAACGUGUCUGAUAUGAUCAUAAAAUGGAUAGAGGAAUGCAUAACUACCCCGACUUUCACUGUCUCGGUUAAUGGCGUCUCUGGUGGUUUUUUCAAAAGCACAAAGGGCUUGCGUCACGGCGAUCCCCUCUCGCCGUAUCUCUUUGUAUUGGGUAUGGAGGUCUUCUCUACACUGCUACACUCCAGAUUCGAUUCAGGCUACAUUACCUACCACCCAAGAGCUGAAGAUAUUGGUUUAUCUCACCUAAUGUUCGCAAAUGAUGUAAUUAUAUUUUUUUACGGAGGGACUGCUUCUCUGCAUGCAAUAUAUGAAACUCUAGAUGACUUUGCUGGAUGGUCGGAUCUUCAUGUUAACAGGGACAAAUCAGAGCUUUUCCUGGCCGGGCUCAACAACCAGGAAACCAACGACUUCGCUGUGUAUGAUUAUCCCAUUGGUAAGCUUCCUAUUAGAUAUUUGGGACUACCUCUAAUGCAUAGGAAACUUAGGAUAUCAGAGUAUGAUCCUCUGCUGCAAAAGCUAGCGAGUACGUUCCGGUCUUUGGCAGUUAAAAUGCUGAGUUAUGCUGGAAGACUGCAGUUACUCUCUACAGUCAUUAAUGGGACAGUGACUUUUUGGAUGGCUACUUUUAUUCUCCCUAAAGUCUGCUUGAAGAAGAUUGAAUCCAUGUGCUGUAUAUUUCUCUGGUCUGGAAGUAUUGAUGACAGAGUGACAGCUAAGGUCGCUUGGUCUGACGUGUGUUUACCCAAAGAAGAGGGUGGCUUGGGCCUUCAUAAAUUCAAUGAUUGGAACAAAGUUCUCUGUCUUCGAUUCAUCUGGUUGCUAUUCUCGGAAUUGAAUUCUCUCUGGGUCCAGUGGCAAAAACACCUUCACCUUCAGAACGUCAGUUUUUGGUCAUUGGAGAAGAAGUCUACUUUCUCUGCAUCGUGGAACUCAAUUCUAUCACUGAGACCUCUUGCUGAGGAAUUCAUCAAAUGCAGAGUAAACAAUGGAGCUCAAAGUUGGUUAUGGUACGAUUCAUGGACACCUUUUGGUAAACAAAUCUCCUACCUAGGGCCAAGGGAACCGAGGGACUUGAGAGUUCCUCUAAACGCUCACACAACGCUUCCUGAUUCUUACUACUGGGUUGUUGAUGGUAAAGAUUGUCGUGGUUUGUCCUCAUCUAUGACUUGGAAAGCUCUCAGGCCACGUUCUACCAUUAAAGGCUGGGCUAAAUCGAUAUGGUACUCAGGCGCUGUUCCCCGUCAGACUUUCAACAUGUGGCUUGCAAAUCUCAACAGACUCCCGACUAAACUACGGCUGGCAGCUUGGGGCCUAAACGUUCAGACUACAUGCUGCUUAUGUAACAGGUUUGAAGAGUCCAGAGACCACCUUUUUCUCACCUGCACGUACGCUACCGAUCUAUGGAGGUUGAUCUUUGCGAGGCUCGACCGUCAACAGGCUCUCCCCAUCACUUGGAGUGAGCUACUGUCUUGGACCAGAACUUCCACCUCCCAAUUGCCAUCAACACUGAAGAAGCUCGCCACUCAAUCACUGCUCUACAACAUUUGGAGACAGCGCAACUCAGCUGUGCAUUUCAACGGAUUCGCCCCAACCCAUACGACGUUCAACAUCAUCGACAGGGACAUCCGCAACACCAUUAGUGCGAGAAGACAUAGGAAAAAAUAUAAUUCUCUUAUGCAACUUUGGAUUCGAUGA